AUCGCAAAGAACCGAACGGAAAACUCGAACCGACAAGGAUGGCUCGCGCCCAGGCGCUCCGCUCGCUGCUCGCCAGGUGCUCGACUAAAUGCCCCGCCGCCGCCGCCGCGGCUUCGUCCUCCUGCCUCCGCCGCGCCGUCCCCUCCUACUCCCAGCGUAUCCUUCCUGCGUUUCGUGCCGCGUCCGUGCCUGCAGUGCUGACGCGCUCCCUGGCGACCACAGCCCGGGGCGGCGCUGGUCCGGACGAGCCGGGCGCGGAGGAAGAUGAGGAGGAGGCAGAGGCGCAGGAAUGGGAGGAGGACGAAGACUACGGGACGGAACCCGAGAUUGGAGAUGGUGGCAAUGGUGGAGGAGUCCUCCUGCGGGACAUCAAGUGGGGCGAGCUCGCUCUCGCAUCUGCCAAGGAGGUCCUUGCCGAGCAUUUCGGCGAUGAUGUUGCCAUGUUCGCCUUCAAGGUGUCGCCCAAGGGAUACGUUUAUGUGCGGCUGGACAAGCUCACCAACAGGUAUGGGUGUCCUGGUAUAGAGGAAAUAGAGAAUUUCAAUAGAAUCUACAAGCAGAAAUUGGAUGAGAUGAUCGAAAGAGGCGAAAUACCACUGGACCUGGCUGUUGAGAUUUCGUCACCUGGAGCAGAGAGACUUCUGAAGGUGCCUGAGGAUCUGGAUCGCUUCAAAGAUAUGGCAAUGAAGGUACAGUACUUUGCUGAAGGUGAUGACCUUGUUUCAGAUCAGGCGGAUGGUAUCUUUUUGCUCGAGUCGGUUGACAUUCAGGCAGAACAUUGUGUGUGGAAGCUUGCCAACGUCACAGAGAACCGAGCUGGGAAAGGGAGGCCAUUGAGCAGGAAACAGAGAGAUUGGAGGCUGCAAACUUCCUUUCAAUCGGUGAGGAAGGUGACCCUGUACUUGGACUGAAAACAUUAAAAGGCCAUCUUGGAUAGAUUCAACACCUCGGAAAAUAACCACGGCUAGAACUUUAAAACCUGUGGUAAACUUAAUGUAAAAAUGGAAAAAGCCAUUCAUUUUGGGAGUUAAGAGUAGUGUCUAUUAGUUUGGGAUUUCUGGAGAUAAGUUACAUUGUACGACACAGAACAGUGCGACAGUUAUGAUUCAAAUGUUAAACUUCGGCUGUAAACUUUGGUAGUGUA